GCGGUCUUUCCGAGAAAGACGAUGCAGCUGGAUGCAUUUCUCCCACACAUGGACCGGCGGAGAAAUGUGAUAAGGCGCGCGCCGCACUUUCAACGCCUUUGCCAAUCUGCUUCCAGUUGACCCAGUCCUGUUUGAUUGUGCGGAUCGUCAAUCUACUGUCGGCUAACUUUCUCUCCUUCUCGUUUCCUGUUCUGUUUUUUGUUCCACAUUUUCGGGGGGCGGUGCCAUCCAAAAUCUCGAUGUCCCAUUCGUUCGUCCGCAAUCGGGUGCAUCCGGGGCGACGCCUACAAGACGGCACCGAGUGUCAACCCAUCCACACGAUCCAGGACUUGCUGGAGUUCGAGCGCAAUCCAGUCAGCUGGCGGAAUUUGGUGCUGCCGAUCACGCCUCGAUCGCGAUCGAGGUAUCUUGGAGAACGUUACCAGGAGAUCGACUUUGACGCCGGAGUGACGGACUUUGUGGAUGAUGGUAGCCGACCGCAGGUGCUGCUGUGCCAUGACUUCAAGGGGAACUACUUGAGCGAUCGGUUCGUCAAUGGGACGACCGGUCAGGAAUGGGUCGACUACCGGUUCUACAACUGGGCCGCGGUGGACAUCUUCUGCUACUUUAGUCACAAUUUUGUCACGAUUCCGACGCUGCAGUGGCUGAACUGUGCCCACAAAAAUGGCGUCAAGGUGAUCGGGACGUUCAUCGUCGAAGGUGGAAACGUCGAGAAGCUUAAGGAUAUUCUUCAGUCGGACGAGUUCAUGCAGAAAGUCGCUGAUGCGCUGAUAACCGUGGCCAAGAUCUGCCAGUUUCAGGGCUGGCUCCUGAACAUCGAGUGCCCCCUGGACGACGACAAGAUCCCCCGCCUCAAAGACUUCGUGGCGUACUUGACGCGGAAAUCCCACGAACGCAUACCCGGUAGUAUGAUCAUCUGGUACGACGCGAUCACCGAAAAGGGUCUCCUCAGCUGGCAGAACGAACUGAACAGUCUCAAUCAGGGUUUCUUCGCGGCGUGCGAUGGAAUCUUUCUGAACUACACGUGGACCAGGCAGCAUCUGGAGCGAUCGGAGAACUUCAUCCGCAAUUACUACCCUCGACGAAAACUGGACGUGUUCGUGGGGAUCGAUGUUUUUGGGCGCGGGCAAACUGCGAAACUAGACACCCAUUCCACACUGGCCGCCGUCAUUGAGUUCAAGUUCUCCACGGCGAUCUUCGCUCCCGGAUGGACGUACGAAUCGCUCGAGGAGUCCAUGCGUCGCGAUCAACUCAAUCCAGUUCAGUGUAAUGAUCGGUUCCUGAAGCUGAACGAUCGUUUCUGGAACCUCCUGUGGAAAUACCUGUACGUUCGAGGACCCACGGAGCUUCCCUUCUACACAUCCUUCUGUUUGGGAUCAGGGAAGAUUCGUAACCGUCUGGGUAAGACCCUCGACGAGUCAUGGUUCAAUCUAUCGCGCCAGGGCUUCCAACCGAGCAUUCCGUACGCAGCGCCGCGAAAUCUUGGAAUCGAUCCUAUCUACUGGACGCACAGCUUCGAGACGGCUCUGGACGGUGGAUCGUGUCUUCGGAUGGAGGAUAUUCACCCGAACUGUCGACUUUUUGCAUGUGAUUUCGCGUGUGGAAGUGAUCUUCUGGUGGGUUAUGCGUUCCGAAGAAGCAACGAACUGAGUGCCGAUGUGAGGUUGGUCUUGAAAGCGUACAAUACGCGGUACCAUGACUCGGUGAAGAUCGUUUGUGGAGGCGAGGAUUGUCACCUCAGUGAGAGAAGAAACGAAAUGAAAGCGUUGUUGUUGGACAGUGAGGAUUGGCCGAGGUUGUUGGAGCUGAAGGCGCAGUUGAAGCUUCCGCUGGUGGCCGCGAUCAAUGGGUGGGAGAUUAGAUAUUACUACCUAUCGUUCGAAGCCAUCGUCCAGCCGGUAUCGAUCGUGGACAUCGGCGUCGAACUCGUGAAAGAUGACCCCAAGGAUCACGUCCUGCUGGGGGCCAUUUCGCUGCAGGCCGGUUUCCCCGCCAGCCGCAGUCGCAUCCGGAAGCGCUCGAUCGUUACGUUUGGAGCGUGAUGAUGAUGAUGACGACUUUUGACUUUAAUUAGCUGUCGUCACUCUUUGUAGCCACACUUACCCGUACACGUCACUUAAAUAUCUAGUUACUCGCUCGGCCUAUGUAAACAGCUUAAGGUGCAGCAGCAUGCAGUGGAAGAAACAUGGACCGGUUCUUCUUGGGAAACGUGAGCACCCUGAUGAAAAAUGUUAUAAAACUACAAUAGGAUUUAUUGUAACACUAUCAUAAUUUCCAACAGAUUUACUUUAGAACAAGAUGCAAUUUUUUGUCAAUUAGUCUACUACCUAUUCUAUUUUUUGUACCAUUGAAUCAAUUUUACAAUACAAACGGCCGUCGAAUAAACAAAAGAAUUUUGAAAAAUAAUUUCAAAAAUUGUUCGUUUGUUUUCAACCAUCUUCUUCUAAAAACACUUUUUGGAAUUCAGAAGACCACUAAGUACAAACCUUGAAAGUAUCAUUCCUACUUUGCUUAUAACAAGACAAAAUAGAAUUUUGAUUGCAUUUUCUUCCAACAAUAGAAUGGUCUGGAAAACGGUAGAAAUGUUUCAACCUUGUCGAAAAAUUCUACAAUAAACAAAUUAUGGACUCUCUUAUACAUCGUAUGUUUUAUGAUGUUUGAAUAGCUUGAACAAAAUAACUGUAAAUUUUCAAUCGGGCACCUACAUGCUUGCGCUAAGUACCACAGGAGGACGCCGAGAUGCUUCAGGAAGGUCAACCGCAGCGCUCAAGUUGUACUCCUCGACUGUUUCUCCGGUGCAAGUGUUCUUAUGUUUUUCUUACAGGCAUUUCAGUUUUGAAUAAAAGUAAAAUUGAUGAUCGACGAAUGUGUUUAAAUUACGGUUAACGAAGUAGCCGCAAUUUGUGUAACCUGUACUUGCCUUAAUACCAUAUGAUUAUAACGCUUAUCAAUACAUCUUUAAUCAGUCUGUCAAGACAGGA